AUGCGUUUCUCCUCGGUCAUCGCUGGCGUUGGCCUCCUCCUCACCGGCGCUGCUGCGCUCGACAAACCGCUCGACAUCCAAGUCGAGAAGGCGGUGGAAUGCUCUAGGAAGACGAAGACUGGUGACAAAGUCGACGUCCACUAUCGCGGCACUCUUGAGAAGGAUGGCUCCGAGUUCGACGCCUCAUACAAUCGCGGCACCCCGCUCUCAUUUCACGUCGGGAAGGGCCAAGUCAUCAAGGGGUGGGAUCAGGGACUGUUGGACAUGUGUCCUGGGGAAAAGCGGAGGUUGACGAUCCAGCCUGAGUGGGGCUACGGUUCGAGAGGGAUGGGCCCGAUACCUGCCAACUCGGUACUGAUCUUCGAGACUGAGCUGGUUUCUAUCGCUGGCGUGGAGCCUGAGGGCGACAAGGCAGAGUUGUAG